AUGACUCAUCUCUCACCAGUUAUUCUCUCCUCUCCCAGUUCUACUCUACCACUCAAAUAUAGAAUUAAUUCCCAACCUUUACAACAAAACCUUCUUUUUACACCCCCACGACCACAAUUCUACACCACCCUAAUCAAACCACCACCAUCCAUAGCUAAUUCUAAAAAAUGGAGAAGCACGGUUUCAUUCUUCCAAGGUUUUCUCACUGGAGGAGACAGAGAAAGGGAUGUUCAGAGCCUCAAAGAUGAACUCUAUGAAACAAUUGCACCACUUGACCGUGGCGCUGAGGCUACUUCUGAAGACCAACAACGUGUGGACAAGAUUGCUAGUAAACUUGAAGCUAUGAAUUUUGGUAAGGAGCCUCUCAACUCUGAUUUGCUCAAUGGAAAAUGGGAGCUUUUAUAUACUACAUCUCAAUCAAUUUUGCAAACAAAGAGACCGAAAUUCCUGCGACCAAAUGGAAAGAUCUAUCAGGCAAUUAAUGCAGAUACAUUAAGAGCUCAAAAUAUAGAAACUUGGCCGUUCUUCAACCAGGCCACUGCAAAUUUAGUGCCACUUAACUCAAGAAAAGUGGCUGUCAAGUUUGACUACUUCAAGAUUGCUAGUUUGAUACCAAUAAAAUCACCUGGGAGUGGUCAUGGCGAAUUGGAAAUUACUUAUUUGGAUCAAGAUUUAAGAAUAUCAAGAGGUAACAGAGGCAACCUGUUUAUAUUGAAAAUGGUAGAUCCAUCUUAUAGAGUCCCUAUUUGA